AAAAUCCUAAUUCUGUUGCUCAUUUGUGUGCUGGUAAGUCUUUGCUUCAACUGUUAAAAAUUCAACAUGGGAGAAUGAGUGUUGUAAGGUUAUGGUAAGAAAUUAUGUAAGACCUCCACAAAGCUCUGUAAAGCACAGCACGACAGACUUCUCACUACAGCCCAUCGUGUCAGGUGUGGGCUACUCCUAGGGAUAGAUCUCUUCUCUGGAGUCUCUGGAAUGCACGUGGGCUCAUUCCACUCUGCGUCUACAGGCUCGCUUGGAAGUGCACCGGUUUGGGAUCAGGGGUUAUGGAAAAGGGAAGGAACGAAUCCUGGAACGGGAACGUGCCGUCAUGCUGGGUGCUAAGCCUCCCAAAAACAGUUACGUGAAUUACAAGGUGUUGCAGGAACAAAUCAAAGAAAAGAAGACAGCAAAAGAAGAAGAAAAGAGAACGGCCCAGGACACAGAUAUUUUUAAGAAAAAGAAGAGGAGAGGGCAGGAAGACAGGAAAUCCAAAAAGAAGAAAUCAGCUCCCAGUAUUUUGUCCAGUGGACGGAUCGGGCAGGUUGGAAGAUUCAAAAAUGGGACACUGAUUCUGAGCCAGGUUGAUAUCAAGAAAAUAAAUUCCACCCGAGUGGCUAAGUGAAGUCCUUCGUAAAAUAGAGGAACAGGAAAGUGCCGCUGCAUUGCAACUGGACCCCUACAUGACUUCCAGAUUAUUCUUAUUUAUUUUAUAAUUCAUAGACUGCUUUUCUAUUUUUAGAGAAAAAAAACAUCAGAUAGAAAUAAAAAAAUUUGUAGUUUCUGAAGCGUCUGUUUUACGGUGAUGAGCGUAUGGUGGGAAGGGCCAGCUGCACUGGGAGUAUAAAGCAGACCUAUUGAAAAGGAUGCUUAAUCUUGUCCAGUGAGAGUUACACUAGAAUCGCUUUCCCUGGCGUUUUGUGCAUUUGCUUGUGAUGGGGUUUUUCAUAAACUUAGUAAUUUAUUGAUUUGUAAAUGCUAAUAAUUAGCUUUAAAUUGCCUUUCCUUUUUUUUUAAAGAUUUGUUUAUUUUAGAGAGCGAGCAAG